CAAAAAUGAAUAAUCUGGUCGUGAAUCAAACAGUUCUUCCGGAUAUAUCGAAACCCAAAUGGGAUCAGGGAACUUAUGCGGGUCGUGCAAAGCACUUUUUCUCGUCUACUAAUCCUCUCACUCUAUUUUCGUCACGAAUCCAACAGGAAAAGUGUAAAGAGAUUGUGACAAAUUAUAAAACGGGUGUAAUAAGUCCAACGUUAACUGUUGAUGAACUGUGGAAAGCAAAAACGUUAUACGAUUCCACGUAUCAUCCGGAUACCGGUGAGAAAAUGUUCUUUUUGGGGAGAAUGAGUGCACAGAUGCCGGGGAACAUGGUUACCACUGGAAUGCUUCUUGGUCUCUACCGUACAUUGCCUGGUGUAGUAUUCUCACACUGGUUCAAUCAAUCCUUUAACGCAGUUGUCAACUAUACGAAUAGAAGUGGAAAUAGUAAAGCUACCAACGAACGUCUCUUCGUGUCUUAUUGCUGUGCAACCAGUGGAGCGAUGACUGUAGCACUUGGACUUAAUAAAAUGGUCAAAAAUAGUCACGGUCUUGCUGCUCGUCUAGUACCAUUUGCUGCAAUCGCAUUGGCAAAUGCAAUCAAUAUUCCAAUGAUGAGAAGCAACGAAGCCAGUGAAGGAAUGGAAUUGAAAGACGAAAAUGAUCAACUUGUCGGCAAAUCUCAGAAAAUGGCUGCAUUGUCAAUUGCCCAGGUUACUUUGAGUAGAAUUGCAAUGGCAAUGCCAUAUAUGGUAAUGACACCGAUCAUCAUGAACCGCAUCACUCGUACCGCAUACUACCGUACACGCCCUUGGAUGCAAAAAUACUCGGAGAUUCCAAUCCAGACUUUGAUUGCCGGCAUCGGACUCUAUUUCACCACUCCACUGUGCUGUGCCUUGUUCCCUCAGAAAAGUAGCGUGGAAGUUGAGAAGCUGGAGUCAAGUGUGCAAAAAGAAAUCAUGUCACGUCCGAAUCCUCCAAAAAUUGUGUACUACAACAAGGGACUUUGAGAAGAUCACAAAUUUCAUUGAAUCACUUCCAAAAAGAAUAAAAAUUGAUGUUUGC